UUUAUUUACUUUGUGUUGGAUUAAUAAUGCUGCAUUUUAACUUGCAAUUUCCCAGAGCUGACGACGGUUUAGCGCGUCUCGUCGUUGAAAUAAGCGCUUCUGACAUUCUGUGCCAACUUACGUGCUCACCACCGGUACAAACCGACGAACCUUCGAAAUAAGAGCACAAUGUUUUCCGCGCUUUUUACCACUACAAAAACACUUAGCUUCGGCUCCGCGCAGAAUCCUCUCUGAUUAAACACUCGGACACUUUAGUCGCUUCUUGGGUGGCUUGUGCAACACACGACGUGUUUAUGAACCUUCAUGAAGCGACAAACCACCACCAGAAGUCAUUUAAACCCAUCUACGACACCGCUGUUAGCAUUAACAUGACCGCCAGGCCUGCUCAGGAAGCAGGCGGGAGCUUUUAUUUUCCAAAACUGCUUUUCUAUCUCACCUGUCAAAGCUGCUGAUUCAGAGAGUUUUAUCUCUUUUUAAGUGUUUAUAAAGAUAAUAAACAUAUUUUUAGACUGCUAUUACGCCCCGUGGAUUGUCUCCUUACACGAUUUUUCCAUUGUUUAUUAUAAUUUAACCUUCCUGUUAUGUUGCAGGUCAAAUCGACCCAUUUCAAAGUUUACAAAUCUAAAAAAAAAAUAGUUAAAAGCAUUUUUUCGGAAUUAAAUCUAUUCUGCUUGGCUUAAUAAGUGUAAUAAACAUAUACAUUGAAAAUGGGUCAUUUCACAUAUUUGCAUGUUUAUAUUACAUAGAUACUGAGGUGAACAUCACUCCAUAAAAUUCAAAAAUAGAAAACUACAAAUAAAGAAUUAAAGAGGAGGAGGACAAGCAGACACACUACUGAGGCAGAGAUGGCGAGUGUCACCAACCACGGGAAGCUGCUGCUGCAGCGCCUCCACCAGCAGCGGGAGAUGGACUUCCUGUGUGAUAUCACCAUCAUGGUGCGGGACGUAGAGUUCAGAGCCCACCGCAACAUCCUGGCCGCGUUCAGCAAGUACUUCUCCUCCCAGGCUGAGAAGGGCCAAGACGUGACGACCCUUGACCCCGAUAAGGUCAGCCGCUACGCUCUGGAGAAGCUCCUGGAGUUCAUCUACACCGGACAGAUGAACCUCAGCAGCACCAGACAGGCGUCGGUGCGUCGGGCCGCCGUGUUUCUGGGGAUCCCCGAGGCCACCAGGUACCUGCAGGAGACGCCCCACUGGGCUGAGAUGAGCGAGACGUCCCAGUCAGAGCUGGACAAAGAGACGGGUCUGUCCCCGUCCCCGUCCCCCGGCAGCCCCAGCUCCCCUCUGCCCCUGUCCAUCGCCUCGGUGACGGGGGAGUGGCAGGAGGAGGGGGAGGACCUCAAAGAGCAGGCCGGGGAGGUGGGGGGGGUGGAUAUGGAGGAGGGGGAGAAGAGCGACGAGGAGUACGACCCCACGGCGCCUCGGAGCGCCGGGAGAGGAGGAGCGGGCAGGAAGAGAGGCAGGAGGCCCAAGAGCUUCAGCGGGGAGCAGGUGGAGGCCAGCGGCUCGGCUGACGCCACGCCCAAGACCAGCUACAGGGGGAGGGGGAGGGGCCGGGGGCGAGGGAGGGGGCGGGGCCGGGGGAGAGGCAGAGGAGUGGUUAAAAGCGAAGAUCUGUCUCUGGAGGAGUCUGACGGCAGCGUGAAGGACUUCGGGGACACGUCGCAGGACUGGAGCCCCUCGCAGGACGACGAGGCUCCGCCCAAGAAACCUCGGCUGAGCGGCGGCGGGGAGACGGCCCGCAGGGGGCGGGGCCGGGGGAGGGGGCGGGGCAGAGGGAGAGGCAGGGGGCGGGGCAGGCCCAAGGCCAUUGUGGAGGAAGAGGAUGACGAUGAUGACGAAGACUUGGACUGGCUGGGGACGGAGAUGGAGGAGGGGGAGAUCACGGAGCACGACCCGGCCGACGUGGACGGCAUGUCGCUGUCCUGCACCGAGUGCAACAAACUGUUCAAAGACGUCAGCAGCCUGCGGCGCCACGAGAAGAUCCACAAGGGCCUGAAGCCCUUCGUCUGCAUCUUCUGCUCCAAAACCUUCAGACAGGCCACGCAGCUGAAAACACACCUGCGCAUACACACAGGCGAGAAGCCGUUUAAUUGCUCCCAAUGCGACAAGUGUUUUGCUCAGAAGUGUCAGCUGGUGGCUCACCGCCGGAUGCACCACGGCGAGGAGAAGCCGUACACCUGCGAGCGCUGCGGCUUCAAGUUCGCCACCUCGUCCAACUACAAAAUACACAUCAGACUGCACAGCGGUGAAAAGCCGUACGUGUGUGAUAUCUGCGGUCAGGCGUUCGCUCAGUCCAGCACGCUGACGUAUCACAAGCGGCGACACACCGGAGAGAAACCGUACCAGUGCGACCUGUGCGGCAUGUCCUUCUCCGUCUCCUCGUCUCUCAUCGCCCACGCCAGAAAACACACAGGUGAAACUCCGUACAAAUGUUCGCAGCCUCAGUGUGACUCAAGUUUUGUGACGUCUUCAGAGCUGAAGAAGCACAUGAGGCGGCUGCACCCAGAUGGGAACAACGGUGUGCAGUGCCUGCUGUGUGGAAACAGGUUUGCCAGCGUGAAGAACAUGAUUAAACACCAGGAGAAAGCUCACGCUGAUGAAGUGAGACAACACAAGGAGAGAGCCAGAGCAGUGGUCCUCCUGGCCUCCAGUCACCCCGUGGCCUUCGUCCAGAGCAAACUGUCGCAGGAGACCAAAGGCGGGAUGCCUUCCAUCCCGGAGGGCGAGCCCACCAACCCCGAGCCCACCACGCCCAACCCCAAAUCCACGGCGCCGUCUGCAUCCGGCGUCGACGGCGCCACCGCCGACGGCUCCGCCGCCAUCCUGCAGGACUUCAAGGCCGAGCCCACCCACCCCUCCAUCCACCCCGGCGGCGGCGGCGACCCGGUGAGCUUCGAGGCGGACCAGGAGCAGACCAUCAACUCGGACACGCUCCACGCUCUGGUGGAGCAGCUGAGGCCGCCGCCCUCGCCGGCACAGAGCCUGGAGCAGAUCGUCAUCAUCAGGACGGUGGACAACGCCGAGCACAGCGCUCCGCAGCAGUGAGGCCGCCGCCGCCGCCGUGGAACACUUUUUAACAACAUCAGUCACAUGCAGAUGAAUUGUCCCCUCAAAUAGACUCUAACGGACCGUUUUUAAAUGGUGAAAAUGUCUGUUACAUCACUGACGUCAGAUAGAAAACCUGCAACGUUUUUUAUUUCCAGUUUAGAAACAGACUUUUCAUCUACAGUCAUGGGAAAAAACAUUAGACCACCAUUGUUUUCUCUAAUUUCUUGUUCAUUUUAAUUCCUGGUACAACUAAAGGUACAUUUGUUUGGACAAAUAUAAUGAUAACAACAAAAAUAGCUGAUGAGAGUUUGAUUUAAGAGCUGAUAUCUGAUAUUUAGACAUUUAACAUGGUUUUAUUGGUAAUGAUUUUGGUUAUUAUUAAGGAAACCAUAGAAAAUGUCUUCUUUUGGGGACCCAUGAAGAGUUGGAGCACCCUGUCAUUUAACCCUUUAAGAGUUUAAUUUAAGAGCUGAUAUCUAGAUAUUUAACAUGGUUUUAUUGGUAAUGCUUCUGGUUAUUAUCAAUUUAAUAAAACGACAUAAUUUCCUAAUUUGCAGCUGUUGGGUAAAGUCAGAUUAGAUCAUCUGUAGCCGUCAUGAAAAACAGACCAUGUCUGGUUUCCAGGAUUUGUUGGUGUGACUGUUUUUAAGUGUCAACACUGCUAUUAUUUAUGUUUUGUAAUUACUUUCAAUACAAAAUAUUAUAAAUCUACAUCCCUCAAUAGUGUCAUUCUCGAUCCAGACAAUAUUUGACUACAAUUGCUGCCUUUUUGUCCAGAAAAUGUAAAUCUUAGCGACUUACAACGCUCUGGAGGGAACAAUCCUGCACAAAUAAUUCUACAAAUGCAUUUUAUAUAUAUAUAUAAUAACCAAAAUCAUUAGAGUUAAGUGUAAGAGUUUAAUUUAAGAGCUGAUAUCUAGACAUUUUCCAUUUUUUUUCAUGAUAAUGAUUUUGGUUAUUAUCAAUAAAACCAUGGAAAAUGUCUAGAUAUCAGCCCUAAAAUUAAACUUUUAUCUGCUAUUUUUGUUGUUAUCAUUAUAUUUGUCCAAACAAAUGUACCUUUGGUUGUACCAGGCAUUAAAAUGAACAAGAAAUUGGAAGAAAAAGGCUGAAAACUGACUGUACUCUGGCUCCUUUGUUUCAGACUUUACCAAAAACCUUGACUAUGACAGCGUUUUCUCAGACGUGUGACUGGAGUUACUUUUCUGGAUGAUUUCUCUAAUAUAAAGAAAUGUUCCUCACGUCUGAGUGUUCAUCAGAAAAACUUGUCAGCCAAGAAGUUCGGCAUUGUUUUAACAGCUAAUGUAGUUGGUAGCAGACCAGAUAUGAUUUUAUUUAUCAUAAAUGUUCCACCUUUAGUGUUUGACAUGUGUCGGUGGCUUCAUUAAUGUAAACAUCGCCCUGUUAAUGCAAACUGAGGUUUUUUUGUUCCAGUGUUGUAUAGUUGUUUUUUUAAGCAGCUGUUUUAGGUCUUAGCAGAAGAGUUUGUGCUUAAAGUUUGAAAAAUGCAUUACUUGGAUAUUUCUGUUAACUUGAAAGUUUUUGUUUCUUUGUUUCUUUUUUUAAUUUUUGAAUAAAAUGUCUGCAUUGUACACGAAUUACAUAUACAAGUUCACUGCUGUAUUAAAACUGUACAACAGGAAAAUCAAACUAAAGACAAAAAUGAGCAAUAAGAA